GACUGAGCCACCCAGGCGUCCCUCUGUAAUGAUUUUAAUUUCUUUUUUUUUAAAUGUGAAAUACACAUAACGUAAAAUACCCUAACCAUUAAGGCUGUGUAUGGGGGUGGCCUCCAUAAAGCCUGAGUGAUUGGAUGGGGCGGGGGCAUCAGGGGCCUUGGUGUACUGGAACCUCCUCCUUGGGGCAGGUGGCAGGACAGGGCGCCCCGGGCGGGGGAUCCAUGGCAUCUCGGGCUCUGCUGUGUGGGAGAGGUCAGGGGCAGGAGCUUGGCGUCUGGCAGAUGUCCAGGACGUCUUUUGUGAUCUGCCACACUGCUGUCAUUUGUUGAAGUUCACCCAGAGCCUGGAAGGCAGGUGCUGUGGUGGUCUCCACCUCACGGAUCAGGAAACUGAGGCCCGAAAAGGGGAAGUCACCUGCCCAGGGUCACACACAGGUCACGGAUGGUCCUGGGAUCGAGCCAGGUCUGACGGGGAAGGCUGAGCCCUUCCUUUUCAGUCCUUUAAACUCUAAAAAAAAAAAACUUUUUUUGUAUUAGGGACUUCAUGCAUGCUCCAUGCAUGGAGCUAGUAAUAAUAAAUAAAAGAAAAAGAUCCUUCCCCCACCUGCUUUGCACCACACAUGACGCUUGACUUGCUGGGAGUGUUUGUCCCGGAGUGUGACUUGGUCUGCAGGGGCCAAGGGGGACUUUUCUAAGGGAGACACCGAAGCCGAGAAUGAAAGGGUGGGUGGGAGUCAGCAGGGUAGGGAGGAGAAGAGCAGGCUGAACAGAAGGCGUGCUGAGUGAAGGCCCUGAGCCAGGGCAAGACGUAACCUUCCCCAGCCUCAGUUUUCCCAUCUGUAAAAUGGGCAUAAUCGUCCUUGCCGCCUGGGCUCAGUGGGACCCUGGGGUGAAAUUGUGCCUGGAGAGAACAUAGCCAUUUGCCUGGCCCUUAGUAGCCCCCAGGGGUAGUUGUUACACAGAAGAAAAUACUUGUGGUAGACCCCCUCAAGCUCAUGGGGUUCCCAGAGGCCAUCUAGUUCAGCGGUUUUCAGCUGGAGUGGUUCCACUCCCAGGGGAUAUUUGGCCCUGUCUGGAGACCCUUUUGGUUGUCCUAACUUGGGGGCAGGUGCCACGGACAUCUAGCGGAUGGAGGCCAGGGACGCGGGACAGGCCCCCCUCUGAGAGUCAUCCAACCCCAAAUGUCAGAGGUGCUGGGAUGGGGAAACCCUGACCCCUGGAGCUGGUCUGAGUCACUUAUUUUACCAGCAGGGAAACUGAGGGGCAUUGCAGGGAAGGGGUCCCUCAGGGUCCCUCUCUCAGCGAGAUAGGAUGGGGACGGGCUUGGUGCGCAGGGCCUGGGCUCCUGGAGCAGCUUUCCUGGUGGCUGCGCAUCUGAAGGGGAGCGGGAGGGACCCGGUCCUGUUGGAACCUGAGGCCUGGGCCCUGGAUGGGGGAUGGAGUCACUCCGUCAUCCUGGGGACAGGAGUCCUGGACAUGAACUUCCUUAUGAGGCAGCAGCCCCCCGCCGGCAGUGGGGUGGGGGCGUGUGCCUGGUGCGGGGUGUCCCGGCUCAGCCAGCCAUGGGAGGUUGGGCUGCGCCUCAGGACUGGACCGUUUUGUCAAGUCCCGGCCUCAGAGCUGUGACGACUCACAGGGUGAGUUAGGGCUCUGGGGUAACUGGGGUGUCUGGGACAGCUCCCCCGUCUCUGCUCCGGCGAGGCAGGGUGCCCCCACCUUCUGAUGAUGAACAGCGGGGUGGCACAGCGUUUGGGGAGCACGACCUCACCAUGCGUUUAUGUGGCCAUGUUUCCGCCUGGCUGAAGGAGGGGCGGGUGACAUGGGAACCCGGGAGGCAGGAGACCCGGGUCUGAGCCCUGAUCCUGCUGCUGACUUGCUGUGUGACCUUGAGCCAGCCUCUCGGCCUCUCUGGGCCCUCAGUUCCCUGUCACGGAGGGGUGGGGGACCAUCAGUGGGUCUCUAGCCAUCUGAAGGAAGCUCUCAGGUUCUGGCCAGGGUCCUCGGGGCUCAGGAAGAAGACACUGGAUGCCUGGGCCCCGCCUCCGUCUGUCCCUGCCUGUCAGUUUGUAUGCUGAUCCGUCCAUCCAUCCAUCCAUCUCCCUGGACAGACAUUUACUGAGCCCACAUUGUACACCAGGGCCUGUGCCGGGCAUGGGGCCCUGCAGCGUCAGGGAGGUUACAGUCGGAUGGGGACACAGCCUGGAGACAGACAGGGCAGAGGGACCUGCAGGUACCAAGGCCUGGAGGCUGGAGAUCGUAUGGCAAGUUCUAGAAGGUACAAAGGCUUCAUCAAGGACUGCCCCAGCGGGCAGCUGGAUGCUGCAGGCUUCCAGAAAAUCUAUAAGCAGUUCUUCCCAUUUGGAGAUCCUACCAAGUUCGCCACGUUUGUUUUCAACGUCUUUGACGAAAACAAGGACGGGCGGAUCGAGUUCUCUGAGUUCAUCCAGGCGCUGUCGGUGACCUCCAGGGGAACCCUGGACGAGAAGCUUCGGUGGGCCUUCAAGCUCUACGAUCUGGAUAACGACGGCUACAUCACCAGGAACGAGAUGCUGGACAUUGUGGAUGCCAUUUACCAGAUGGUGGGGAACACCGUGGAGCUCCCCGAGGAGGAAAACACCCCCGAGAAGAGGGUGGACCGGAUCUUCGCCAUGAUGGACAAGAACGCCGACGGGAAGCUGACCCUGCAGGAAUUCCAGGAAGGAUCGAAGGCAGACCCCUCCAUCGUGCAGGCGCUGUCCCUCUAUGACGGGCUGGUAUAGUCCACGGCCCAGAGCCGGGAUGCCUGGGAACCACUCACCUCCUCCCGUGCCAUGAGGCCACCUCCGCCCCAACACCACCCUCCUGUGUCCACCCAGCCUUUCUCCGCAUCCAUACCCAGCCGGGCCGCCCUGGAACCGUGAGGCCCAGCUCUCCUCCCCCCAGCCCUGCACCCACCACCGCCUGAAGCCACUGGCUCCAAUUGCCAACCACCUCUGCUUGUCCAGAAACCAACACGGAACGGAAAAGGCUCUAGCCCUCUGCAAAACCAAGGACUCGGCUGCUUCGCAGGCAGCCUCUGGGUCCCUCCCGCUCUCCUGCGCGUGUGCUUUUGUUUUUUUAUUUCAAACAGACAUUGAAAAAGAAAAAACAAAACAAAACUACCUUCUGUCCUAGAAGGUACAGACUGACAGAUGGGGAGAAGGCUACCGUUGACCUCAGAGAACACUGCCUCCUGCCUCGGCCGUCCUUUGGCAGCUGGAGAGGCCACAGGAAGUCACGGCCUCAGCCACGAUGCGCUCGGGGUGUCGGGGGGGCCCACCUGAUUAACGUUAUUUGUCGUCCCUUCCUCGAGCAGCGAAACCACCCGCGUGGCUAGGAUGAUCAUGAUGAUGAUGAUGAUGAUGAUUUUUUUGUGAUAACAGUAUUGUGCUUUUUGUGGGGAAAGUGAGUUUUUUUUAUACAUAUAUAAUUGAUAUCUUUUAUUUAUUGGUUGUUAACUGUUGCUGCUGCCUCGUGUGUCCAAAGCUCCCAGGGAUGUGGGGCCUACCGUUUACAAGUGCACGCCCUCGCCCACCUGCCCACCUGCGCUUGGGAGGAUGGUGGCCUGCAGCGGCCUAGAAGCCAAAAAACUUUCUCUCUCUCUCUCUCUCUCUCUUUUUUUUUUUUUUCCCAGAUACUGUGCUCGAUGUUUGGAGAGGGGGAAGGGUGGCUUUCUUAAAUGGCUAAUGCACUGUUUCCCCCCACCCCCAGCCCAAAUGCCUCCUCUUGAACCCCUUUUCUCUGCUUCCUGUCCACACUCCCCAUCCUGUGUCUUCCUCUGGGUCCACAGCAUCUUUUCUGAGGACAAACAGGGGAUAUCUUUUGGUUUCUCCACUCUUGCUUUGGUGUUUGCAGCAGCACGGAGCCUGGGAGCCAACAAGGCAGGACUGGGUACAUUAGGAAAGGGGAGGAGGGCACUCUUUGCAAGCAGGUGAGCAGAGGGAAGGGCUCCUUCUCCCUCCGUGGUGGAUUUUGAAAACCGUCACUCAGUUCUCUCCCACUUGCUUUUCUGCCUGCCAGUCUGCCUUGUCCGGUAGACCACAGAGCAUCCUUCUUCCCUUUCCUCUCUCAGCUCAGAUGCUGGGAGGGAGGGCAGGAGGGAAGGGGCACAGGCAAUCCCAUUCAGUAGUGGCUGCUCCUAGGGGCUCUGGCCCACAUGCGCUCAUAGGAAGCUUCUAACCCCGCCUGCCACCGAGACAGGAUGGCCCUGGAACUGCCACCAGGAAAGUCAGAUGACCUUGGACCGAGGCCAGGAACCUGCAGCUGGCCCUGCUCUGUGCUUGUGGGCAGGCCCCAGCCCUCUCUGGGCCCCAGCUACCCCAGCUGCAGAACCAGGAGGCUUGGGCUGCUUGAACUGGAAGGUCCUCUUCCAUGCUGACAGUGUAUAAUCGUAAGGCGGGGUCUUUUACAGUUUAUGAUUCUGCGGUCUGCGGCUAAGUUUGCCAGACCCCAACAGACACGAGAUCCGUCUGAGUCACUAUUUUGUCUCUUGGCACAAGUCUCUGGGGACAUGGCAGCUGCUGGUUGUGUUGUGUGGGGUCAGAUGACCUACCUGGUUCUCUCUGCAGUUCUUCCUGGUCCCUGCUGGACUCUUGAACUGUCUUUUUGGCCCAGAACUAGUCCUCAUCGAAGGAAGUCUUCUGGCAUGGGAAGCAGCCUCCCAGACUAUGUAGGGCCCAGCCUGACUCUAGAAUUCCUGCUUCUUUGCAAAGUCAGCAGCCUGUCCUCUCCCUGCUUACUCCAGCCCCAGGAGAGGAAAAGCUGGCCCUUGGUUCUCACUUUGAAUUGUCCUUGGUCUUCACUUUGCACUUUCCCAGGAGGCCAGGGCGUCUGCUAAUUAACCCAGAGCACGGCUCUGCCAGCGUGGGUCUUGCAUGUCCGUUCCCGCUGGCUGGACCGCUCAGCCAGUCCCUGACUCCCUUCUUGCUCAGCAGAGCCCGUGGCUGUCCCCAACCUCUGCUGUAAGCCCCCAGAUUCCGCGGGUACCGGGAGCGCUUUGAUCUUCACAGGUGACUUUGCAGGUUGGGCCCCUCAAGGCCCCUGCAGUCACCUUCCUACUCAGGCCACUGGCUCAGGAGCCCCAGGACUCCCCCACCCAAUCCUGGCUCUGGCCUAGGACCUUAGGGCAGGAGAUUGACUUGGUGGCUUGGGGCUGGAGGAGGGGAGAGGGGGGCCCUUCCCCAUGUCACAUUACUUCUCUGGCUUCUGCCUGAGCCUCGAUUUGCGUCUCUGGCCCAGUGGGGAGGAGCUGUCGAGCAGCCCGUGCUAGAGGCAUCAUCUCGGUGAGGGACUUGUCGUUAAGAAUCAUCCAGGCUUAUGCGUGUGGAUUCCCCCCCCCGCCCCCCCCCCCCCAGCUCAGGCAUCAGUUCCCAGGCGUCUAUGAGCAUCUGCCCAUGAGGCCUCCCUCCUCCCUUCUUGCCCUCUGUCCUGUUGGUUUGGAGCCACGGGUGUGGCUUUUGGCCUUAGCAGGCCUCCUGUGGCCCCAUGGCUCAGGCGCACCUUGGGUCCAUGCCCGGGGACAGCCCAGAGCUGCCGGAAGGGCCAGCCUUCUUCCUGGCAGGGUGCUGGACUUUGGGCCGCUUGUGCCCGAGGUUGCCGGGCAGGGACAGUUCUGUCCCCACCUCUCACCAGGCCUCUAGAUCUGGAAUUCUGAGCAGCUGUGGGCCUCUGUCCCCAGCAGCGAUUUCCACCCGAGGCCCAGGCCGGUCACAUGCUGCUCUCUGGGGGUUCCAGACCCACCGGACGCCAGGCUCUCCGUCCCUCUGCCGACCCUUCUCUCCUCGUCCCCUGGACCAGGAGCAGCGGCCCUGGCCUCUUCCUCACAGCGUCUGCUCCCACUCUGUGUGGAUGGCACCGAGGAGAAUGCCAGAGUUCCCGAUAUGUGACCAGGCAACGUUUUGAGUAACGUCGGGGCAAACCGUGUGUGUCUCCUCCUUUCCCCAGAAAUGCUUUUCAGUUUGACAGCCAACUUCCUAGACGACAGGCACACCUGGGCUUUCGGGAACCUGUCUUUUCUCUGAGGGGAGGAAGGUUGGGGGGGCCUUGGCUCCCCGGGAGAGGCAGCCUCUCUCUGGAGCUAAGCCCCACUGCGCGCCCAGCGCAAAGCUACCCGGUUCUCGGCGCAGCCUCGCCUCCGCGUCUGGGGAUCCAAGGGGACGCCGGCGCGCCCCCUGGUGGCGGGGAUCUGCAAAGGCAUGUGGGGACCCCCCACAGGCCAAACAGGAGCUUGGAGGGGGCAGCGGGAGGCGGGGGAGCGGAGGAGGGGGCUCCGAUCUCGCCCGGGCUCUGGGCCCCAGCCCCGCAUUUUUGGCAGCGUGUCUCCCAGAUGCCCCUCUUCUAGGUCUCCCCGCUCUCUGCCCCCCCCCCGCCGGGAUAGCAAGUUAAUUAAGUUAAUUAGCAUAAGGGCACAGUGAUGGGAAGCAUUGCCCUCUACCCAUUUUUUUAAUAUCUGCGGAAUAAACCCAAUGGUUGAUUUUUGACUGAAUAAAAGGCUUUUGUUGAAUAAA